UGAGCCGUAAACUUUGAAAAGCGGCUGCUAGUGCUGGUCCAGUAGUGCACUUGGCGCAUAGGCUAAUGAUGGGGACGACAGAUCAUACAGGCGUAAGUUGUUGGAUCUCCACGAUGGCUUCCACUUUGGACAAAAACUACAUAACUUCGACUUAUGAGAAUGAACUGCCACGCGUGCAUAGCGAAAGUACGAAGAGUGAUCACACAUAUUGCUACAUAGCGGAUAAUCCUGAUGCGCACAAUGAGAAAGAAAAAUCCGCUGUUGAGAAAGGUGCAGUUGACAAAGUUCGCAAGCGGAGCAUUGGAGGUGGUAUUGUACUAUUAUUGGUUCUUCUCGCUAUCAUUCUAAUUGUCGCUAUCGUUCUAAUUGUCGCACUUCCAAGAAAAUCAAGAGAUGAGGAAGGGCCGCGACCUUCUUUCACCACUCCUAUUCCGCGGUACCAUGAAAAAGAGUGUGCUUGCACACCGUCGAAGCUAUGGUUGGACGUAGUGGUCGUUAUCGAUAAUUCUUUGUCCAUGUCAACAGAAGAACUAGAUGAGGCAUCAACAAAUCUGUGCAAAGUUUUCGCUCAAGUCACCAUUACGCAAGGUGAAGGUCAUCAUUCUCGAGUAGGAGUGGUCACAUACGGAAUCAAAGCAGAUGCAAUGCACAACUUGACCGAGUUUUACUCUUUUCAUCAAUUCUGUAACAGGAUUUCCAAAAUUCGACAAAAAAAUGAGACUAUAAGCAAUCUGAAAGAAGGUCUUGAGAAAGCAGAGCAAAUGUUUCGUGAUGGCCGACCUGAUGGAUUCAGAAAGAACGUCAAAGAGGUUAUUAUGAUUUAUGCCAGCAUUGACUGGUGGACCAACUUCGACGAUGCUGAGCCGUUAGCAGAUCGAAUGAAGAUCAGCGGGAAGGAAAUCAUCGUUGUUGGAUUCUUCCAUAACAACUACCGUGCUUAUGACCUAAUCCGCGAAAUUGCUUCUGAUGGAUUUUAUAAUUCCUUCAAUAACGAUUGUUAUUACGGUAUUCAGCACGAUCUUUGCGCAGCAAACUGCUUUUGUAGAAGAAAUUGGCUGCAGUACACUACGGGCACAAAAAGAUUUGGAUCAUGCCUGAGAAUAGGUGCUGGUGACUUGAGCUGGAAGAUGGCUAAGCAAGCGUGCCUCCAAAUAAGCCACGAAUCCGGUCAUCUUGCCACUGUUUUCGAAAAAGCAAAGCAUGACUUUAUCGAAUGGAUGUACGGAAAUGACAACACCACGGAAUGGCCAUACGAGUAUCAUAUUGGUCUCUCUUACGACAUUAACCACAGUGACUACUUCUGGGAGCAGCCUGUGGGCUCGGAUCCAGCACGAAUUCCCCUGCGAGGAAUAGAUUUCCGGAUUUGGAGCUGGGGCUAUCCAUCUCUGCGUAACGAUGCGUACUGCGUCCUCACUGCUCUGCUCUAUACGGCAUCCGACGAGUAUGGUUGGAAAAAUGUGCACUGCGAAAACGAAUACAGGAGGUACAUAUGUCAGAUGAAUUCCUGCGAUACAGAUAAUUAUUGCCCUAAUAUUGAGGAGUAAAUUGUGCUUGCGUUUCUCUACAUU